AUGAUGUUCAUUUCUCCCAUUCGCAAUUGCAACCUCAGUGGUCCUCUUCCAAUUGUUCACAAGUAUUAUCAGUCUGGAGACUUAAUCAUUGCUGCUAUUAUUUAUCAGGUUUCCUUUCUUUCAAACAAGAUCACUUUUCAAAGUGUUCCUUCUCAUGAAGUGCUUGAUCAGUACCUGUUCCUCACUCAUAAUUACCAACACACUUUGGCUCUGGCAUUUGCUGUAAAGGAGAUCAAUGAACAUUCUGAGAUUUUACCCAAUGUUAGCCUCGGUUUCCACAUCGCUACCGACUAUCCGGAGGAAAGUUCAACUUAUCUUUUACCCCUGAAAUUUCUAUCUACAAAAGAUAAGUUUAUCCCCAACUACAAGUGUAAUGACCAGACCAAUACAGUAGCUGUCAUUGGAGGACCCCGUACUAAGACCUAUCUCAACAUGGCAACCCCUCUGUGCAACUACAAGUUUCCUCAGCUUCACCAUUUUCUGCAGCAAGUCUCCUUUAACAACAGUGCCGGAGAACAGAUUUCUUUUGGCCCUAAUGGAGAAUUAUUAACUGGAUUUGAUAUUUUCAGUUGGGUCACAUUCCCAAACAACUCCUUUCUGAGAGUACAAGUUGGAAAGAUUGACCCCAUGGCUCCCCCGGGGAAUCUUCUCACCAUUUCUGCCAAGGAUGCUGUUUGGCCCCCCAUAUUUAACCAGACAUUGCCUCUUUCCAUCUGUAACAAGAAAUGUCCUUUAGGCCAUAGCAAGAUAAAAGUGGAAGGGAAAUUAUCUUGCUGCUAUGAUUGUAGACUGUGUCCAGAAGGGAAGAUAGCUGACCAAAUGGACGUAGAUGACUGUUUCCCGUGUCCAGAAGAUCAAUAUCCAAACAAGGAUCGGGAGAGUUGCCUUCAAAAAAGCAUAACUUACUUGACUUAUCAAGAGCCUUUGGGGAUUUCUUUAGUAGUGAUCUCAGUUUCCUUUUCUUUCAUCUCAGUGUUCAUGCUAGGUAUCUUUAUUAAACAGUGGAACACCCCCAUAGUCAAAGCCAACAACAGGAACCUCACCUACAUUCUUCUCAUUGCUCUCCUGCUCUCCUUCUUCCUUUGCACUUUGCUCUUCAUUGGGCAACCUGACUAAGGGAAAUGUCUCUUGCAACAAAUGGCUUUUGGCAUCAUCUUCUCUGUAGCUCUUUCUUGUAUCUUGGAGAAAACAACCAUUGUUGUUCUUGCUUUCAUGGCCACCAAACCAGGCUCCCAAAUGAGGAAGUGGGUGGGGAAAAGGCUGGCGAUUUCUAUUGUCCUAUCUUGCUCUCUGGCACAAUUCUCCAUUUGUGUAGUGUGGCUGGCACUUUCUCCCCCAUUCCCAGAUUCUGACAUGCACUCCAUGGCUGAAGAAACUGUUCUGCAAUGUAAUGAAGGAUCAACCACAAUGUUCUGUGUUGUCCUUGGCUUUAUGGGGUUCUUGACUGCAGUCAGCUUCACCGUGGCCUUCCUAGCUAGGAAUUUACCUGACAGCUUCAAUGAAGCCAAAUUUAUCUCCUUCAGUAUGUUGGUCUUUUGCAGUGUUUGGGUGUCCUUUGUUCCAACUUAUCUGAGCACCAAGGGGAAAUACAUGGUGGCGGUGGAGAUCUUCUCCAUUUUGGCUUCAGCAGCUGGAUUACUGUGCUGCAUCUUUUUCCCCAAAUGCUAUAUCAUUAUUCUGAGACCUGAUUUGAAUAAGAAGGAGCAACUAAUAAAGAAAUGA